AUGGUCAGACGGACCGGACGGCGGCAAAGGGAAGUGAGAAAGGCUCGAAGAGGCGUAAUCAGGGUCUCGGGGAUCGAGAGUGUGGAAGUCGACGGUGGCGCAGCGAGGAGCGCUCCAGCUUUCGCAUUUAAGCAGAAGCAGGAGCUGGACAUCAUGUUCCAGAAGCAGCUGCGAGACAUACACCAGCUACUAUCCAGCGGGGACGCGAGCAGAACUGAAGAGGGUGCUGACCGGAAUGCUCGCGACGGCUCCACGGGAAACGAGUGGCACGACGGCCCGAACACAGACCCCUGGAUUCGCCGGUCAGGAGGCUCGGCGGAAGACCGCUGGGAAAGCCAAGCCUACAACAAAGACAAGCAGUUCUAG